AUGGCGAUUUUCAAAUCCUCAUACUACGAUAAAGAUUACAGAGCGGGAGCUGCUCUUCUUCGAGCCCGUCGACCGUAUUUGUUUAAAAACGCUGCUACUGGAAUCGCGCUUUUUGCCUUCUGUAUUGGUGUUUGUAAGCUCAACCCGCUCCCUCCGUCCUCCAACCGUACCAUCUUGACUUUCUCUAAUUAUUAUGGGACUAUAGAUGCUUUCACGAUAAAUGCUGUUGGGCAAGAUGAUUUCUCCGACGUAAUCGUCCCAGAGAAGAAGAUGGUCGACACAGAACCAGCUCCGGCAGUGAAAUAA